AUGGCCUUGCCCGAAAAGGGAGAACCGAAAGCAACCCGACAAUGCUGGGAAUGCUCGAAACGCCGCCUUGUAUGUGACUGCACACUACCCCACUGUAGAAAGUGCCAAAGAGCCGGACGGCAAUGCUCUGGCUACGACGAUACAAAACCACUCCAAUGGGUCCAGACGGGCAUGGUGACUUCAAGACGGAGAAAGAAGAAA